CCGGGCGCCGCUCACCUCCCCCAGCAGCCCCGUCCGCCGCCCCCCGCGGCUCGCCCGAGUGGCGGGGCCCGGCGCGGCGCCGCGCGCUCCCUGCACGCGGUCGGCGCAGCGCGGCAGCCCCGCGGUUCUCGCCAGGAUGGCUCCCCGCCGCAGGAAGCGCGCAGCCCCGCAGCCGGCUGCGGCCGAGGCUCCGGAGGAGGCGCGGGCCCCGCAGAAGCGGGCCCGGGCUCAGGGCGAGGCCAGCCCGGGGGACACCGGCAGCCCGCAGGGCACCGGGCCCCGCGUCGUCAUCGAGCACUGCAAGAGCUGACGGGUGUUCGGGCGGAACGCGGCGGCGGUGAGCGAGGCCCUGCGCGGGGCCCUGGCCCACCUCCCCGUGGACAUCAACCCCCGCCCGCCGCGCAGGAACAGCUUCGAGGUGUCCCUGGUGAAGGAGGACGGCAGCACUGUGGAGCUGUGGAGCGGCAUCGCCAAGGGGCCCCCCCGCAAGCUGAAAUUCCCCCAGCCGGAGGCCGUGGUGGAAGCCCUGAAGAGCAGCUUGGCAUAGAGGGGACCAGGCCGGAACCAGCACCCACAGUGUGAGCAUCCAUGAAGAGGCAGGAUGAAGUGGGGGGCACCCGCCAGCCCCAGUCCUGUCUCUGAUGCUGCAGCUCCACUGCGGGCAGCCACCACUGAGCCCCCGGCUCCCCCUGCGUCCCCUCGACUUCCUGCUGUUCCACAAUAAAGCUCGGCAGCCACAUGGUACAA